AUGGCAAGUCAAUUAUUUAGUGAUGACAAUGAAGAUCAACAAUCAUUUUCAUGUAAUGCUUGUGACAAAACAUUUUCCAAGCAUUGGGGCUUAGUUCAACAUAAACGCGUUCAUACCGAAGAAAAACUAUUUGUAUGUGAUAUGUGUAAUGAAACUUUUCAUCGCAAAAGUAGUUUAGUUAAACAUAAAAUGUUACAUAGUAGUGAAAAACCAUUUUCAUGUGAUGUGUGUGAAAAAACAUUUACUAGACAAGGGGGUUUACUUGAACAUAAACGGAUACAUUCUGGAGAAAAACCAUAUUUAUGUGAUAUUUGUAGUAAAUCUUUUACUAAUAAAAGCCAUUUAGUUGGACAUAAAAAGACUCAUACCAAAGAAAAACCAUUUUCAUGUGACGUUUCAAGUCGUUUACCAAUAAAAGAUAUUUGGCAAUUAGUUAAACAUAAACGAAUACACUCCGAAGUUGAAGUAUUUUCGUGUGAUAUUUGUAAUAAAUCAUUUGCUAGACAAAAUAAUUUAGAUGUACAUAAACGAUUACACAGCGGAGAAAAACCAUUUUUAUGUGAUGUUUGUAGUAAAUCAUUUAAUCAAUUAUGCCAAUUAGUUAAUCAUAAAAGGACUCAUUCCGGAGAAAAAACAUGUUCACAUAAUAAAUCAAGUGAGCAAGAGAAAGAGGAUAUGUUGCCAGUUAUUUACGAAAAUUUCGAACUUGAGAAACAAUUAACAACAAAAUUCAUUAUUAAAAAGGAAGAAAGUGUUCCAGAAGUCAUCAUAAAAGAUGAAGACUGUGUUAAACUUCCAGAAUUGCAAAUUAAAGAUGAAAUAUUGGAAGAAAGCAACAGCGAUAGCAUGGAAGAGAUGCCAGAUAACAAAAGUGAUAUUAGUUGGGAACCUGAACCAAAUCAUGAAAAUGGGAACAAAUUAAAUACAGAAAUAUUAUCAAUUAAAGAUGAAAUAUUAGACCCGAGUGUUUUAGAACCACAAAUUCAAAUUACCAAUAAACCAUUUGUAUCUCCAAAAUUAAAAAGAAAAGGUUCAAUCAAACAUAAACGGACUUGUACGGAAGAAAAAUCAUUUUUAUGUGAUAUUUGUAGUAAAGGAUUUGAUAGCCGAAGUCAUUUAAAAGAACAUAGCCGGACUCAUACGGGGGAGAAACCUUAUUUAUGUGAUAUUUGUAGCAAGUCAUUUACCCAAAGGAGUAGUUUAGUUAAACAUAAAAGAUCACACACGGGGGAGAGACCAUUUUUAUGUGAUAUUUGUAAUAAAACAUUUACGAGUCAAAGUCAUUUAAAUGAACAUAAACGGACUCAUACGGGGGAGAAACCAUAUUUAUGUGAUAUUUGUAGCCAGUCUUUUACUCAUGGAAAAGUCGAUGCAAUGCAAGAUGGGCGAAUUAAAAAUGAAAUUCAAGAAGACAGUGUUAAAAUGGAAGAAAUACUAGAAAACAGCAGUGAUUUUAAACAUGAAGAAAAUAAUGAAAAUGAUACAAUUAACAACGAAAAUGUUAAACUUGAAACUGAUUUGAAUACAGAAGUCAUUAUUAAAAAUGAAUUACUUAGUAUUGAUAAUGAAGAUCAACAACCAAUUCAACACAAACGAACACACACAGGAGAAAAAACAUUUUCAUGUAAUAUUUGUGACAAAACAUUUUCCAGACAUUGGAGCUUAGUUCAACAUAAACGACUUCAUACUGGAGAAAAGCCAUAUGUUUGUGAUGUGUGUAACAAAACAUUUAAUAAUAAAAGUAAUUUAGUGGAACAUAAAUAUUCUCAUACUGAAGAAAAUUCGUUUUCAUGUGAUAAUUUAAUUAAACAUAAACUGCAUCAUACCGGGGGGGGAACAUUAUCACGCAAUAAAUCAGGGGAACAAGAGAAAGAGGAUUCGUUGCCAGUUAUUUACGAAAAUAUUAAAGUUGAAAAACAAUUAAAUACAGAAGUAAUUGCUAAAAAAGAAGAAAGUGUUCCAGAAGUCAUCAUAAAAGAUGAAGAUUGUGUUAAAAUACAAGAAGUACAGAUUAAAGAUGAAAUAUUGGAAGAAAGCAACAGCGAUAGCAUGGAAGAGAUGCCAGAUAACAAAAGUGAUAUUAGUUGGGAACCUGAACCAAAUCAUGAAAAUGGGAACAGAUUAAAUACAGAAAUAUUAUCAAUUAAAGAUGAAAUAUUAGAUCCGAGUGUUUUAGAACCACAAAUUCAAAUUACCGAUAAACCUAUUGUAUCUCCAAAAUUAAAAAGAAAAGGUUCAAUCAAACAUAAACGGACUUGCACGGGAGAAAAAUCAUUUUUAUGUGAUAUUUGUAGUAAAGGAUUUGAUAGCCGAAGUCAUUUAAAAGAACAUAGCAGGACUCAUACGGGGGAGAAACCUUAUUUAUGUGAUAUUUGUAGCAAGCAAUUAGUUGAACAUAAACGGAGUCACACUGGUGAAAAACCUUAUUCGUGUGAUAUCUGUAAUCAAAAGUUUAAUAGGCAAAAUAGUUUAAAUACACAUAAACGUCUCCAUACUGGUGAAAAACCAUUUGCAUGUGAGACUUGUAGCAGAACAUUUAAUAAGAAAAGUAAUUUAAAUAAACAUAAAUUGAUUCACAGCGGUAUAAAACCAUUUUCAUGUGACAUUUGUAGUAAAUCAUUUUCAGAUAAAAGUAAUUUAAGUAAACAUAAACGGGGUCACAUUAAGACUGAGGUCACACGAGCUCAAUCGAUUUUAACUCACGUUUUUUCAACAGCACGUUUGUUAGACAUGCAUAAUGAAUAA